AUGGAAGUUAAAGAGAAAUGGAAGAUAGAAGAUGAAAAAGAGACAGAGGCAGAAGAUAGUGAACAAAGGGACAACAUAAAGCGUAAAGGGAAAAAACCAUUUGCGAUAGAAUUAUCCAUUGCUGAAGCUAAGCUCAUCAAGGACAAGAAAAAUUGUGCCAAAUUGACUGAGCAAGUGGGGGAGUUAACAUCUGAGGCUGAGGUGAGAUUGAAGACAGAGGAAGAAAUCAUCCGGGAGUGUGAAGACGAUGUGAUGGCUACCUUCGAGGAUCUUCAGUUAAAGACCUUCAAAAAAAGAUAG